AUGGACGAUUACAAGAAUUCAACUGCAACCCACAGCAUCAAAGUAACUAGCCCAUGGCUGGAUCCUCUCAAGAGUGUGUUUCUGAAUACUCCUCAAGACCUCCCUGAGAUGCUCCUAAUAUUACCUUUGAUCUGUACUAUUGGAGCAUUUUUGAACAUGCGCUUGAAAGACUUUCCAAUUCCUCUUCCUGUGAUAUUAUUUUUGAUUGGAUGCUGUUUUGAAAUCCUAAGUUAUACAUCUUCCUGGAUCCAGACAUAUGCAGAUGCCAUACAAUGGAUAGACCCAGACAUAUUUUUUGACUUAGUUAUACCAGCAAUUAUCUUUAAUGCUGCAUUUGACAUGGAUGUGUUCAUGCUCCAAAAGUUAUUGUGUGAGAUACUCUUAAUUACAAUUCCUGGGUUUGUGAUCAAUUACACCUUAGUAUUUUGUUAUCUUCAGUCUGUAAAUAAAUUGUCAUUGAAGACGAUCGCAUGUUUACUAUUUUCAACUGUGCUUGUGAGUUCAGAUCCUAUGCUGACUGCAGCUGCCAUAAGAGACCUUGGUCUUUCUAGAAGUCUCACAAGUUUAAUUCAGGGAGAAAGUCUACUGACCUCUGUUAUAUCCUUAGUUACAUAUAGUGGUGUUGUGAAGAUCAAUCACAGCUACAAACAUGCGAAUCAAACUCUAGCCCACAAUGUCAUGUCUACAGUUCACUCACAUCUUAUAGAAAGCUUCUUGUUUGGAAUUCUAAACACAAAAUUGUUUCAACUGUGGAUGUCUACUAAUUUUGGUGAUGAUGUCCACCAAAUAAGUCUCAUGUUUUCUGUGUUAUACCUCAUCUUUAAUUUUUGUGAGCUGACUGGAAGGUCUGGAAUAUUGACCCUGGCCAUCAUUGGACUUUUUCUAAACUCCACUAGUUUUAAACCAGGAGGAGUCAAAGCAUUUCUUCUCAUAUUCUGGAAUUCUCUAUCAUUUGUUGCUUUCCUUAUGGUGUUUACUUUCAGUGGACUUCUAAUCCCUGCACAUACAUAUUUAUAUAUGUCAUUUUCAGAUGUAUAUUAUUCAUUAACUAUCUACUUCACACUGAUUGUUUUAAGACUUCUGGUCUUAUUAUUAAUGAGCCCCAUUUUAUCUCGACUUGGUCGUGGGUCCAACUGACACUGGGCCCUCAUAAUGGUCUGGAGUGAAAUGAAAGGCACACCCAACAUCACCAUGGCCCUCCUGCUUGCCUACUCUGACCUUUCCCUUGGUUCUGAGUGGGAAAAAUCUCAA